AUGAAGGAGAAAGAGGAGACCGUCGCGGUUAAGCGGACCGGUUCGGAGCAGAGGAAGCUGCGGUCUCGUGAUGCGGCCAGAAGUAGGCGGAGUCAGGAGACGGAGGUGUUUUAUGAGCUCGCCAGCACUCUGCCGCUCCCCCGUCGAGUCUGCACCCAUCUGGACAAAUCCGCCAUCAUGAGAGUCGCCCUCAGCUUCCUGCGGCUGCACCACCUCCUCAGACCCGGUAAGAAUCAGAAAGAGGAGUCUGAAGAGCAGAACGGAAAGAAGAAGGAGGAGGAGGAGGAGGAGGAGGAAGAUCCAAUGGAUGCUUUCUAUCCUCAGGCGCUGGCGGGCUUCGUCAUGGUGAUGACCGAGGAGGGAGACAUGAUCUACCUGACGGACAACGUCAGCAAAUAUCUCGGGAUCACGCAGCUGGAGCUGCUGGGUCAGAAUAUUUAUGACUUUGUUCACCCCUGUGAUGAGGAGGAGCUCCGAGACCUGCUGACUCCACGUCCAGGUUCGAGUAAGAAACUGUUGGCAGAACAGCCGAGUGAGAGGAACUUCUUCCUGCGAAUGAAGAGCACUCUGACCAGCAGGGGGCGCACCGUCAACAUCAAGUCUGCUACUUGGAAGGUUUUCCACUGCACCGGUCACAUGCGUCAGUUGGCUGGCGGCUCCACGUCGCCCUCUGUAGGCGGAGUGAUGACCCUGCUGUGUGAACCCAUCCCUCACCCAUCCAGCGUGGAGUUCCCCCUGGACACGUGCACCUUCCUCACCCGCCACAGCAUGGACCUGUGCUUCACACACUGCGAGGGCAGGGUGACAGAGUUGGUGGGAUACAAACCUGAAGAUUUGAUCGGCCGCUCAGCCUACGAGUUUUAUCACGCACUCGACUCCAAUCACAUCAACAAGAGCCUGCACACAUUGCUGUCCAAAGGUCAGGUGAGCACCAGACACUACCGUUUUCUGGCAAACAGCGGCGGGUUUGUCUGGGCCGAGACUCAGGCGACCGUCCUCUACAACAGCAAGAUGUCACAGCCCGAGGCGAUCGUCUGCCUCAACUUCAUACUCAGUGCCGUGGAGCAGCCAGACGUUGUUUUCUCUGUGGAGCAGAUCCGUUGUGGCCGGCUGCCUGAAGCCAAACCCAACUCGCCAGCGCUUGCACCAGAGAAUUCUGGGACAUCUGACUUCAGUGACUCUGACACUGACGGUGAGCAUCUCAGCAGCUCCAGUCAGACUGAGGACGCGGAUUUGGAUCCCAGCAGCACUGCAGAGCUCUUCAACAAACUGAAGGAGAAGCCGGAGGAGCUUCUCCUGUUGGCUCCUGCCGCCGGAGACACCAUUGUCCCGCUGAUAGGAGAUUUAGUUGAGCUGUCGUUCGCCAGUCCUCCCAGUCCACAGUCAGUGCCGGACCACCCUCAGGACCUGUGCACUCCACAGCUGCGGAAGCUCCUCUCCCCCAUCUUCAGCCCCAUCACUCCACCUUUAUCAUCAUCAUCAUCAUCAUCCUCAUCAGCAGCCUCCUCACCUGAUCCUGAGCCAGUGCAGAGCCCCUGUGAGGAGGAGAAAGAGGGGAUUGACACCAGCAUGGUGGAGCAGUUCUUUGCCGUUUGGCCAGAAGAUAAUCAGCCGAAAGGAGAAACACAGGAGCACUUGGAGAUGAUGGAUCUGGACAUGUUGGCUCCUUAUAUCUCUAUGGAUGAUGACUUCCAGCUGACAGUCACCAGCAGUAUGCCAGAGGAAGCCGACAAACCUCCAUCCUCUUCGUCUGAGCCCUCGACUGUCACAGUGAGCAGGAAACGGACUCGUAACCCAGAUGAGGCGGUGCUGUCCCAGCUGAUGAUUCAGGACAAGAGACAGAAACAAGAUCCUUCCUCAAUCGAAGAGGAACUGCUCCUCAGCCACAGAUUUCUGGUCUCUCUGGAGGAAACCUACCAAUCAGAUUUGUUCCUUGACUCGGGUCCUGGCAGAAAAAAUCCUCUUCUCACAGACAGAGACCCUAUUUUAGGAGGCAUACAGGGACUCUGUGAUACUGCAUCUCUGAUGAGGGACAUAUUUACACCUCGUCCACCGGACCUGUCGCCGCCUCUCUCCCCUAUGACUUGACGGAGCUCCUUUCCAAUCAAAGAGUCGACUCAACGCCGGACAUGAUUAUAGGCUCACGCUGCGAACCGUCACCUUGUUGCUUGUAGAUGAAACAAGAAGUGAUGACAUGUUAUAAAGCAGGUGUGGGGGUGGGGGGGGUGCUGACGGCGCUGCAGUUUGCUUUCUUUAACCUGUCGCUGCCCAGUUGUUGCUUGUGUUCCUUCAACAUUACACGGCAUCACUGAUUUUAAUGUGAGAAAACCAGCAGGUGGUGCUACAACAGUUUUAAAAUCCUACACAGUGAGCCAAAUCUUUCAAAUGUAUUUCUCUUUGCAGCUUUCAACUUUAUCACAUUUAAUCCGUCUCAGUGAGUCUGGUCAUUAAAAUCCAUAAUGCUCUGUUUUAACGUCCGUCAAAUAUGAACAAUUCUUUUCUUUAUUUUCAAUCUCACUGCAAUUUAGUGAAAUUACAGACCGAGGAUGUGUAUUCUAAGAACUGGAGACCGGCCCACAAUAGUGACCGCCCACUUCUUGAACCGCUCUGGAAGUGAUCUUCCCCAUUCAAUAUCUCCAUUGACGUUUCAUGAGUUUUAAGCCUGGAACCAAGCCAACCAGCUACGAGAUGAAUCACGACCAUAACUGUUGAUUCGGCGCAAAACAACACAUUUUGAAAACUGAAACGAGUCACACCGUACAACAAGCCUGUGUUCAUCAACGAUCAUAGACUUCAGUGGUAGCCGCUCGCUAGCGGUUUAUAGGUGCAGUAAACAGCAAGUUCCAAUCAGAUGUCGCUGUUGUGCUUUAGGAUUGUGGGUAGUGCAGUACAACCGUGUGUUUCUUAAAACAAGGUUCAUUUUGAUACGGACUUCUAGCUUCCACAGGAGCAGAAACCUUCGUUUCACAAGCUCCCAGCUCGUGGUCAGUCUGCCUUAGAGGGUUUAGACGUCACGGUUCAUAAUCAAAAUCCUUAUGGAGAAAAUGAAUGGGUUUUUCACUUUCAAAACAACAAUAUAUAGAUAUAGCUCUAUACAGUCCAAUAGGAAUUACUCACCCGGUGCAAAGUAGGACUAUCUGCAGGUCCACAGUACUACAGGACACGCCCCCGAGGCGGUCAGGUUAUGUUAGAGCCGCCAAAAAUGGGAUUAGUGUUAGGCACAAGAACUACUUGGUUAUUUUUAGGGUUAGGUUUGUUUUUAGGAAGGGUUAGGGGUUAGGGUUAUCAUGUACCUUAUAUGAACUCAUGGUUUGGGUUUAAAUAAGUAUGUUAAUGCAGAAAAUUAUGUGAAUGGGUGUGUUGUGUAUAUUUACAAAUAUAGAACCUCCAUAGUUAAAAACAAAUUCAUAAUAAAAAUCAUGAUUGACCUAGCUUGCAGUUUGAGGUGUCACUACCGGAAGCAAGGCAGAGCGGCCGUGCCGACCCUCAGACUUAUUGUACAUCCAUGACACACACGCACACACACACACACACACACACACACACACACACA